UUUUAAAAAGACAAAUGAUUCGCUUGAGUCUCUAUAUAAGCAUCACAAUCCAACUCUCCAUAAUCAUACACUUAUUGCUCUACUCAUAUUCCAUACAUCACAUCUCUAUAACAUCCACAAACAUUUCACAUCUUUGACACCUUUCCUUAUUAAUUUGUUGUCACCGUAACGAACGAUGAUUCCGAUAUGUGUGCAGUGCGGAACAGGAGGGAACCCAUGUAGAUGCAAAGUGGUAGGACCAACGUUAGGGCUUGUGGCGUUUGUGGCAGCCGGAAUAGUGGAAUGGCCGGUGGGAGCUUUGGUUUAUAUCUUUAAACACGCCAAAGGUCGCCGUAUUAUGGGUCAUCCGGCUACUCACGUUUAUCCCAAAGUCACCCGCUCCAUUCCCAUAUGAUUUCAAUAUCUCACUUUCGAGAUUUGAGUAAUUUUACUAUAUAUUAUAUGUUUUGUAUGUUAUUUUGUAUGUUGUGUUCUCUUUUGUUGUCUUUCUACAAAACUUUAAUGAUUCGGCUACUCGUGAAAAGCUAAUAAGUUAUCGUUUUCAAUUGUAAUGGUUGUGAUCUCAAGAAAAGUCUAUAGUGCCAUGAGUUUUCAUUUUCAGUCGACAGUAA